AUCUGGUCGACCUUGAACAUUCUCAUUCCCAUUCCCAUUUCCAUUCUCAUCCACCAGGCUUCUUCCAAUUCUUAUCACGCAUAAUUCAUCUCCAAACAAAUCAAAUUAAUCCAACCCAACCCAACCCAACGCGUACGCGCAUUCAUUCCGAAUCAAACUGGUUGCCACCAUGGGGUCGAAGCGCACUGCUGAAAAUGACAGCGAGCAGCUGCCUAGAAAACUUCGUCGUCAACGGUUUUCCGGCUCCGUACGAUCAAUUCUUCCGGAUUUAACAUACGGCCAGCGAUCAGUGUUUGGUGACUCCGAGUGCCCGACAACUGUACCGCCUGAGGAUAGCGACUUGGACUGCGAAGAUGAUGCUGAGGCGCUCGCGUACCUGAAGUCUGUGCGGUGAUUAAUACUGACAUGGUGAGUAUAGAGUGCAAGCAUCCGCAAUCCCACAUGUUAUGGUCGCUAGUAAAGCUGGUCCGCAACUACCCAAGGCUCUACAACAAUCCACAGACGAUCUAGAAGACCGGCAAGACGACGAUAAUGAACCCAUCGACCGCAGCAUAUAUAAAGACGGCCGAGGAGACUUUAGAGGAUUCUAUCAUGAUGGAGCCUAUAUCGCGUACCCCCCGGGCUAUUUUGACAAAGAUGAGGAUGAGGAAGAGGAUGAGGACGAAGAUGAAAAUGAGGAUGAAUAUUAUGACGAGGAUUACAACGGUGAGGAGGGGGGAGAGCAAGAGGACCCAGAGUUGGGAUAUGACGAUGCGAGCGAUUAUGAAUCAAGCGAAGGCGGCCCGCGCAACAGCAAUUCUGACGAGAUCUACGAGGCGUACUUUCUAUCUCUCACGAAACGGUUCCUAGCUCUGCGCCAGGUUUUACUAGUAGACCCGCCGGAUCAUUUGUUAUAUUAUAAUCUCCCUAGGUCGAACCCAACCGAAGUGGGCGAGUUCGGCCCUAAAUCCGAUACGUUUGCGAAGUGGUCUGGCCGGCUCCGGGGUACGGACCCAUUACCUGCCCAGAUCGCCGGAAUGCAUAAAGACGGCGUUAUCCGCCUGAUACGCAUUAUCCUCGGUGGCAAGUUCCUACGUAAAAACCAGGAGCUCCGUGAACGCACGAGCAGGUGGAUAUGGGCGCUGCUCGCACGUCUUCCCGAGAGAGGUGAACUCGACUACCAAGAGAUCGGUUGGAUACGCGAGCUGGGUAAGAGAGCAGUCCUGCUCAUGGUUAGCUUGGCUGAGAUGGAAGUCCUGAAGGAACACUACGAUGUUGGUGAUAGUAAUGCCGGAAGCCAAGGCGAAGUCGAAGUCGACGAAGGCAUUGACGGGACAAGCCAAGUUGAAUGCUGUGACUACGAGGAUAUCGACAUUGAUGUCAAUGAUCCCGAGCCUCACUAUCGUGGCCCCGGCCAACCCCCGGGCGGUAGGGUGCCCAAGCUUGCCCCUUUCAACGGUACAAUCAAAAUUGAAUCCGAUACGGACACUAAUACCCCCAAUGGAAAAGAACCUGUCGGAACCGAAGUACCAUCUGAAGAAAUAAAACCGGAGCUAUCAGACGUCGAAAUGGAGAUAGAUUCACAGGAUGAGGAAGAGGAGGACGGGGAAGUAUCCGACGCACCCCAGCAGCAAACAGAACCCACGGCUGACAUAGAGAGGGCCAAGGCCCGCUUGCUCGAGCAGCUCAACAGCACCGCGGCCGACGAAAACGGUGAUAGCCCAGCGGAAGAGUUGCCUGCUACGGCGCUAGAAGAAGAGGCCUUUCUCGCCCUCGCGGCAGAAGAAGAGGAAGCGAAGACAGAGCAGCUCCGCAGAGCCAAGGUCAACGAGCGCGCUACCCUGAAUAUGAUCCUUACUGUAGCCGGUGAGUUCUACGGACAGCGCGACCUCCUGGAGUUCCGGGAUCCGUUUGGAGGGAUCCAGGUCGAGUAGGUGAAAGCGUAUGCGGUGUCUUGCACGUAGAUAUAUGAUCAGACUGCUGCUCUAUUCGCUCAAAUGUUUUGUAGUUGAAUAUAUAAUUACUUCCCAGAUAAUUAAUAAAUACAAGCUUAGGUACCUAG